CCAGGAGAAGUUAACUCUAAGAAAUGACUCUCCAUCUAUGACCCAGCAUUUAAGACUGUUGAUAAGAGGCCAGGAUCAAGACUGCUUUCAGCUGCAGAGUAUAUUCGGAUCAGAAGAACGCUUAACUAGUAAUUGGGAACUCAAAAUCCGUCCCAAAGAAGAUACUAACAUAUACUUGAUGUUUGCACCUACUCGAAUAACUUGCUUCUUUGCAAAGCUGGAAAUCAAACAGCUGGGGAUUCGAUCACAGCCAGGAAUUAAGUUUACUAUACCAUUGUCCGGCUAUGGAGGAACAAGCAAUAUAACUUUAGAAAAUGUUAAAAAACUGUCAGAUAGUUACAUGGUAACACUGGAUGGAUUGUUGUCUGCAAGAGUAAGGAAAGCUGCUUUCCACAUCCGAAAUACAGGCUCUCGGGCUGCCUAUGUUAAAGCAGUGUGCUUUGCCAACCUACAGACAAAAACAGUUAUGGAUCCUCAGGUGAUGGUGGUAUCUCCAGAAAAGUUUGUACUGAGAGAGGGAACACAUGAAGUGAUUACUAUAACAUGGAAUCCAAUGGAAAAGGAAAAGAACUUGCAUAAAACAAACACAUUGGUAUCAACAGUGUGUUUUUUUUGUGGAGAUGAAGUUUCUAGGCAGCAGUAUCGUAGAGCUAUGAUGUAUAAACCUGAGGUAGAAAAACACAUAAUCCCAGAAAACAGCGUACUGAGAAACAUUGUGUUUGAUGAAGAAUUUCAAGGGGAGCAGCUCGUGACAGAAGUAUGUGAUAUCCCACGGAGGACAAAUGAUAUCCAUCUUUUCUACGCAAAUAUGCGAAAGGUUAUCCUUUCUGUGGUUGGCUAUUCCACUUUUUAUCGGGAUGGAUUUCAGCAGGCUCCUGGAUGUCAUUUGGAGUUGGAUAGGUUUGAGAACUCUGUCAGACAUAUCAAUGCAAGUUUGGAUGUUCUUCCUGUUAAAGGACCUCAGGGUCCUCCAUUACCUGUAAAAACUGAUGAUCUGGUUCAGAACAAAACAGAUGCUCAACAGACUUGGGCUGUUAAACCUGAGUACUUGACUUUGACAUGUCCUUCUAUCAGUGGAACAGCAGACACUGGUCACGUACAAAUUGUCAACUAUUCUAACAGGAUGUUGUCAUUUGAACUUUCAUGGCCAGCUCACUGCCUUACUAUAACCCCACAACAUGGAGCUCUUGAACCAGAGAGCAGUACACUAAUUCUGGUGAGUCCUAAUCCAUCACUUGCCACAAAGCCUUCAUUAAUUCCUUGGAGUGGCCUAGUCUAUAUCCAUUGUGAUAAUGGACAAAAGUUUAUUAAAGUGCAGAUUUGCGAAGCGGUCGCACGGGGUGUGCUGGGAGCAGACUUUCCAUCUAGAAGACACAACGUAUUUAGUCCGCAGUCUGAAAGUCCUGCUGUUCACGUGGCAAAACCUCUCCCAGUGCUGCCUGUAACGAAAAUGGAAAUCAAGAACAGAACCGUUGUUUUUCCAAGAACAAGACCUGGCCGAAGCUCAGGUAAUAUUGCUUACUUAGUAAAUGCAGCUUCUGCAGGCUCUUACGUUGGGAGUUUUGGUUCACUGUAUGGCGUGUCUGGGGACUCGAGUGCCUUGACUUCGUUUUUGUUCUUGUGGUCUG